AUCAAUCCUAAAACUGGGGAACCAUUCCUCCGGCUUGCAGCACCACACCAGAAACAUCAUUAUCACCCCACCUCGACAGGGAGAUCAGUCUAUGCACAUGCAGAUAUGAACGACCCCGCUAUUUACGGAUGGAUAGGAAGGACCCCCCAAACGCCCUAUCUACCGGAAGACGCGGACCUCUUGGAAGUCAAAGAAGAUGGGACGGAUGUUCUUAUAGGAGAUGUCAAUUUCAGAAGAAUAGAACGGAAGCGACUGCGGGAAGAUAAUGCGAAAGCAAGCCAAGCAGGGGACCCGACGAUUCAGUAUGCUAUUGGAGAUUGGAUUGCUGUGAGCCACCACGGAAGGGGAAUCAUGACUGCAGCAAUCGCAUCAGAGUUUUUGAGAAGAACGGGUUUCGUGAACAGGGGGCUGUUCGACAACGGGAAGAUAGUUAGAGGAGAGAAGCAGGUAUUGACUCUUCUUGAGUGGAAACAUGACCAAGCUUAG